AUGCGGAUAUCGUUUCUGUCUGCUAUUGCUCUUGUAGCCUCGUUGGCUUCGUCGACCUCGGCAAUCGACGAAUUUUCACAGUCAACAUACGACAUCUCCGCAAUUGACACUGCCAACGCUGAGAAGCUGCGUCCCUUGCUGCACGACAUCGUCACCACCUCCGACUUCUUUCGAUACUACCGUCUCGACCUCUUUGGACGACCAUGUCUCUUCUGGGACGACGAAGGCAUAUGCGGCAACCGUGCCUGCGCUGUCGACACAAUCGACGACGAAGAAGGUCUUCCUGAGAUCUGGAGGUCCGAGUAUCUCGGCAAACUGAGCUCGGGAUCCGCCAUUGACUCCGAGGCUGAAUUCCUAGACGAAGCCUUUGGUGACGCCGAGAUGAGCUGCGUCAAGGACGAAGAUGCUCUCAACACGAAGCCAAAGGACUACUGCGUUCCCGAGGACGAGACCGGAGACGGUCCCGGGGUUUACGUCUCCCUGGUUGACAACCCCGAGCGAUAUACUGGCUACAUUGGCAAACACCCCAACAUGGUCUGGAACGAGAUCUACAAGCAAAACUGUUUUGCCGAGGAGGUUGCCGACAACGCCAUCGCCUCAAACAGCGCAGAGGUAGGCUCGAUCGUGUCAGACACCUGCGUGGAGCGCCGCAUGUUCUACAAGGUCAUCUCGGGCAUGCACGCCAGUGUGGCAAUCCACCUCUGCAACGAAUACCUAAACUACGACACCGGCGAAUGGGGCCCGAAUCUAGAAUGCUACAUGAAAAAAGUCGGCGACCACCCGGAUCGCGUGUCGAACGUGUACUUCAACUACGCGCUUGUUUCAAAAGCGGUCGCAAAGCUCAGACACUAUCUCGAAGACUUCACCUUCUGUACCGACGCGCAGGGCUACGACACCGAGACGCGCCGCAAGAUGCUCAAGAUCGCGAUCGAGGCCGACAAAUCCGUGCCUGACCUGGUCGACACUUCAAAACUCUUCAAAAGCCCUCAGCUCAAGGAAGAGUUCCGACAAAAGUUCGUCAACGUUUCUCGCAUCGUCGACUGCACUGGAUGCGACAAAUGCCGCUUAUGGGGUAAGCUCCAAGUCACGGGCUACGCGACUGCCAUGAAAAUCCUAUUCGAGCUGCCUGAUAGCGGUCAGGGCGAGGCGAUCCAACUCCGUCGCAUGGAAAUGGUCGCUCUCAUCAACACCUACGAUCGUCUCUCAAAAUCCAUUGCCGCGAUCGACUCCUUCCGAACAAUGCUCGCCAACCCCGACGGCCUUCCUGACAGCACAGAAGAGCCCUCGAUUUCCGAAGAAGAAACCCGACCGCCACCCAAAAAACACAACAACAAAUCAUUCUCGGCCGACUACGACAGCGAAUGGCAAAACGCAUGGGAAGCCAUCAAAUUCAUCCUCCGCAGCUACGUCGAGUUCCCGCAAAACCUCUGGCGCAUGUUUAUCUACUACUCAAACAAAUGGUGGACAAAGUUCAACGGCCGUGCACUCAUCCUCGAAAAACAGCGAUACGAGCAAUUCAUCGCUGCACAGGAAGCAGCUCAUGCUGCUCAAGCAGGCGGUCAUGGGCUUGACGAUUUAACAGCGCAGCAGUGGCAUCGCGACGAGCUAUAA